AUGGCUUCGGUGAGACAAUUUCCCACCAUCAAAGCUAUCAGGUCGUAUGUGAUUAACGGCGUCGGCUCAGGAGGUGACUAUCACAACGUCAAGGGCGGCCAUUGGCUGAUCGAUACGGAUAUAUCGACACCGUGCUCUAUAUGGGAUAAAUAUAAGAAAUCCAGGACAAGUUGGGGUAUCAAUGUCCUUGGAUCGUUCCUUGUGGAAAUUGAAGCUAGUGAUGGCACGGUAGGCUUCGCAACAGGUUUUGGAGGUCCUCCGGCUUGUUGGAUCGUUCACAAGCACUUCGAAAGGUUCCUAAUCGGCGCUGAUCCUAGAAAUACCAACCUCCUGUUCGAACAGAUGUAUCGAGCGUCCAUGUUUUACGGCCGCAAGGGCUUACCCAUAGCUAUCAUUUCCGUUAUCGACCUAGCUCUUUGGGAUCUGCUCGGGAAAUUGAGAAACGAGCCCGUGUAUAGGCUCAUCGGCGGGGCGGCGCGAGAGCGAAUAGACUUUUACUGCACGGGCCCUGAGCCGACGGCGGCAAAGGCGAUGGGUUUCUGGGGAGCCAAGGUUCCCCUUCCGUACUGUCCUGCCGAUGGACAUGAAGGUCUGAGAAAGAACAUAGAAUUCCUUCGAAAGCAUCGCGAGAGCGUCGGACCGGACUUUCCCAUCAUGGUCGAUUGCUAUAUGAGCUUAAACGUGCCGUAUACCAUCGAGAUCGCUAAGAAAUGCGAAGAUCUGAACAUUAACUGGUGGGAGGAAUGCUUAACUCCCGACGACACGGACGGAUUCGAACAGAUUAAGAGGGCGCAUCCUACGCUCAAGUUUACGACCGGAGAGCACGAAUAUUCGAGGUACGGGUUUCGCAAGCUGAUCGAAGGGCGUAACCUCGAUAUCAUUCAACCAGACGUCAUGUGGCUCGGCGGUAUGACGGAGCUUCUAAAGGUCUCUGCUAUGGCUGCCGCUUACGAUAUUCCCGUCGUGCCUCACGCGAGCGGUCCGUAUAGCUAUCAUUUUGUUAUUUCCCAACCGAAUACCCCGUUUCAAGAGUAUCUAGCCAACUCUCCGGACGGAAAGAGUGUUUUACCGGUCUUUGGUGAUCUUUUCCUCGACGAACCUAUUCCGACGAAGGGAUUCUUGACGGCCGCCGACCUCGAUAAGCCCGGCUUUGGCCUUACCUUGAAUCCCGCCGCCAGGGCGAAGCUGAUCCCUUCGGACUAUUUAUUAAGUCCGCCGCCGACGAACGCAUUGCAAACCGCGACAGGGCUGCCCGAUUCGACUGGCCACGAGGAGGCGGGAUCUGCCGAGAAGUAG